CUCUACUUCCCUUAGACUCUUCAUCCAAAAGUCAUACAUACCCAAGAAAGCCCACUCAAAGCCCAGCCUCUGUAAUCCAUCAAAAACCCAACCUUGGGAAUCAACAUCAUGUCUUCCACCCGGAGCAAGCUCGCCGCCUACGAACAUCCUCUUCGCAUAGUCACUCUUCUCACCUCCGCCCUCACACUACCACUUCUCAUCGCCACCACAAUCGUAUCGCUCCAAAAUCACCCCUGGUACCGCUACCGGCCCGUAACAGCCUUUUGCUUCGGAUUUAUCCCGCUCGCCCUCACCGCUUUCGCAUCAACCAAGAGCCUUGUACACCAAAGAAGACAUGGACGUAUGCCCCAAGCAAGCUUCAAGCUUGUCGAUGGCGUGGCAGGAAUAGUGUACUUGAGUAUUCUGAUUGCCAUUUGGGCAGUUGAAAUCGGAAACCUGGAGAGGCCAGGAUUUGGGCUUUUGGCCGGGUACACGACCGCUCCUAUGAUUAUCAACAUGUUCGUACAUGGUUACCUCUUCGCUUGCAAUGCGCGAUCAGUGGUUGCACUCUUCGCGGCUCCACAAGUACAUGAGUGCCCCAACUGCCAUAGCAGCUUCACCACUCGCACAACACAGAUUCAGGAAACAAAGCAGAGUGGGGAAUAUAGUUUGUUGCGCGGAGAAGAUUACCUUGAUGUGGAUGCUGAUGCAGAGCACUACACUGAUGGUAGCUCCGGCCCUGCGGAUGCGCAGAUACUGCAGCCUGAGAGCGAGUCCAAGGGCGAGUCUAAGGGUGAGAGCAAGAAAGCAAUUAUCGAUGUCUGAGCUUUCAGCUUUGGUCGAAUUAUCGGACGGUUUAUGGUUAACGGGGGCUGCUAAUGCGGCUUUUCAAACUAAAGUUUCGGGGCGUUGUAAGUAGGUAAGAAAUGUUGUAUUAUGACAUUAGCUGUCAACAUAACACUAGAUGAGUUGCUUGCCAGAUAAGCGAUUAGUCUUUCACAUCUGAUAGGCAGUCUGAGAUGUUAUGACGCGGAUGAAGAAGGAAGAAUGAAACUGUAUUGUGCGUUACAUUCAAAAUGUACAAAAAGAUAUCAUAUAUACAUCAUCAUCCCCACCAGCCACCUGAGUUCCCAUGCCGGCUGUGUCUUCUAUAUAAAAAGCCAUACCUUACAUACCAUCAACCUUGAUAGAUA